CACAACAAAGCAGACCAGCAAAACAGAACAGUCCAGCAAUUGGACCUUCAGAUCAUUCAGCAAAACAACAACUCCAUGCUCCAGAUCAGUACAGAAUUGCAGAGAACAAUCAAUGCAGUCCAAUGCAAAGCAAGAACUCCAUCUCCUCCAUCCAUCAUUCCACAACAACAAUAUCUGUGUUCUAAUCCCUUUGCCACAGAUCAAUUCUUGGAAAACCAUGCUACCACAACAUUGCAGUUGUUGAGAAUGCACUGCCAGAUCAGUAAUUCCAGCAGACAGAACAUAAAUCUAGCAAAGCCAGUAUUAGCACCCUCUGAUUAUAGCUAA